AUGAAAGGACAAGUCCACCAUCACGUCCUACUGAUGCUACUUUGUAUGAUGACAAUCAGUUUAUCACUAACUUUUUCUUUCUUUUUCGCUUCUCAACAAAAACGAACUUUUAACAAAUUAUUGAUUGGAAAUCAUCGAUGCAAUCAAUAUGCAAGUUAUGGAUUUGCUCCUAUUUUGGUUCCGAAUGCAGAACCUUUUCCAUACAUUCCGGACUCGUAUAUGGCCACUUGUAAAAUUGAAAAUUUAUGUUUGACUUCGAAAGGUGAAUUCGUGUUGUUUGAACCUAGUGAGAGAAUUGGACCUAAUGUCGAUAUGUUAAAUUCGAAACCUUGGGUCUAUGUUCAGGGAUCCACUGUUCAUUCGGAGAGAGGCUAUUUGUACAUGAAACUAAUCGAUGGAGAUUUAAUGUUGCAAUAUGAGGGUAAAGAUGUUAAAAGUGCCUAUGUGGUACGGUCCUCUAUGACAACCAAAGAUUUUAAAUUGUACAAGAAACCAGUCUAUGCUUUGAAACGAUACCACGCCGCAAAUCGAACACACUUAUUAUCAGAAACACUUCCAAUGAUUAUGGGAUUAAUGACAAAUUUUAGAGCUGACAGCAGUCAACAAACUCGCUUGGAAAAUAAUCACAUUCUCUUUCUCGACAAUUUAUAUGACACGACAAAGAGAAACUCCAAUUGGCUUGGAACAUUUCAUCAACCAGUGGAAAUUGCAAAUAGAGAAUCUAUUGCGAGUGCCAGCUUAAUAAGCAUCAAUCCAAUUCUAGAAUUGUGCUUUAAAGAUGGAGUUUGGAAAGUUGACAAAGCACCAUGUGAAAAUUUCAAAAAUUUUCAACAAAAACCUCCCAUUCCAGCAUUCGAUGUGGCACCUUCACAGACAAACUUUGCAACAACAUUUCCUAACACUCCUAAUAGUAAUGAAGAAUCUGCCUCUACAUCGAAUUCAAUGUCAAACUCAUCUAUUGUUUUACAAGCAUGUUUUUCAAAUAUUCACAUGGGUCAUUCCAUCAGUAAUUUAUUACUUUAUCCAUAUGGCAAAGAAGGUCUGUUCAUGGAACUUCGAGAACUCGUUUACAAGAACUUGAAGAUUUUCCCUUACCAAAGUCAAAAAUUCAAAAAUUCAAAGGAAUUGGAAGCAUUGGAAUUCGAAUAUACCUUGAAGAAACAAAUUGUUAUUGGCAUUGUCAAGUCCAAUCACAAACAAAACAACUCACCAACGACCUCCAUUUCUAAUGUCGACGAAUUAGUUGCAUUUCUUCAACAAUAUUUAUCACAAGAAGUAUUUAUUGGAAAACAAUUACUUUCGAACGCAGGUUACAAAAAAUCUCUACAAAUUCGAGUGUUAAAUUCAGACGAUUCCACAACGGACAUUCCUUCUCUCGUGAAAACCAUCACCGAUGUGGACGUUUUAAUUUCAGAUCCAUUGAGUAGCAUUGCCUAUUUUUCCAUGUUCAUGAGAAGAGAAACUACCAUGUUACUUGCACCAUCUUGCAAUUCAGAAAAUUCGGUCAUGACUUCAAAUGCCUUUUAUCGACUUUUUGCCUUACCCAAUGUUCAAGUGAUGGACAUGAUGGAAUUAUUUGGAGAGAAAUCUUUCACAGUCGUCGUUGAUUCACAAACAACAACAACAAAUGUAAAUCAUUGUCAAAUUGGAAUACCAAAAGAGAAAAUAUUUGCUGCUGUUGUGAAGGCUCUAAGAAAACGUUAUCGAAAAUUAAUGGAAUAG